AUGACUCUGCCCACUUUCUCCAAGGUAUUGAGCGUUUUUGUCUCGAGUCUUAUUGCCGACCCGGCACCGGGAAGAGUGCCUAAGGUGUAUAAUGCCCUGAUAACGUCAAACCAGAACCUGGAGCCCAGCAAGGCGUAUCCAGUGUAUCAGCCUGUUCUGCACGACGCCUUCGCUUUCUCCUACCAGCCGGCAGUAUUUUAUGGAGGAGAUUUCCUAAGCAAUGGUCUAUUGCCGGCAGCACCAGCCUUACCACCAAAACUGCCACAGCCGUCAGCAGCGACUCCAACUUCAACAGCUGAUCCACCAGCAGAAGCAUCUCCGUCUUCCACCGAGGCUCCUGCUACGUCCCCUGAACCUGCAAAACCUGAGCCCGAAAGUAGUGAUCCCAGCCCAGCCCCUCCUCAACCAAAAACGGAAUCCCCGAUUCCCCUGAACGAGUUCGGACUACCACCACAAGUUCUUCCCCUUGGUCACAUAGACCCAUUGUACAACGCCCUCCCACAAUUCAGCCCCUUCACCUACAGAUACCCAGGAGUGCGGUUUUACGAUCCCUACGAUCCAUUCGGUUUUAGUCCUUAUGCAAACUUCCCUAUCUACCGUCCAUUAACUAAUGUGCUUGGGCAGAGUCUCCCCGUCGCCGCUGAUAAUGUGAACAAUAGUCCACCGUCGGCAGAUCAGAAUGCUCAGACUCCUCCACCUGAACCCAGUGACCUGAAUAUUCUCAACUACUCUUCAAAGAACCCUUCAAUACCUAACGUACCCCCUCCGCCGCUCCCUCAAGGCGGUCUUAAGUCAGAUAAAUCAGAAUAGUUGAAAAUAAAUACGUUUUAAGUUCCAUAUGAAAAAAUUGUAUUUAUUUUUUUGCACUUAGUGAUCAAAUGACAAAUUACCAUAUUCUUACAAUUUGUACACAACAAUUAUGAAACGUAGAAAAAUAGGUCCCAAUCGAUUCCUUCUUGCAUUUCCACUGGGAGGUACCAUUCAAAGAAAUGAUAAUUUUUCAUUUCAUGUGAGUAAUAGUAGGUGAUUGUUCCGAUGCAUACAGUGAAUUUGUAUGCAUUGUAUCGUACCAUAUCACCAUAUGGCGAAGAAGCUCUUAUGUACACACAGUUUGGUUUAGUAUUGUUUCGAAUGUAACCCUGAAAACAAAGAUAAAAAAAUAUAUUUA